AUGAACAGUAAAAGUCUCACUUUUUUUCUUUAUCUUACAUCACUCAUCUCUUCAACGGACAUUGACCAAAGAUGGCGGAAACUCUCCCGCGCCAUCAAUCUGGCCCCCAACGCCGCUCUCUGUGCUAUCUCCAGCCGCUCCCACGACAAGGCCGCCGCAUUCGCCGCCGCCAACGGGUUCCCUCUGUCGGCGAAAGUGUACGGAUCGUACGAGGCCCUUCUGGAGGAUCCUGAGGUGGACGCCGUGUACAUGCCACUCCCCACGAGUCUCCAUCUGAAAUGGGCCGUGCUAGCGGCCCAGAACAAGAAGCACUUGCUGCUGGAAAAGCCCGUGGCCCUCGACGUGACCCAAUUCGACCGCAUUCUGGAGGCCUGCGAAUCGAGUGGGGUGCAGUUCAUGGACAACACAAUGUGGGUCCAUAAUCCCAGGACUGCGGCCAUGGCCAACUUCCUCAACGAUGCGCAGCGUUUUGGUAACCUCAAAUCGGUUCGCACCUGCUUUACAAGUGCAGCCGAUCCUGAUUAUCUGAACAGCAACAUUCGUGUAAAGCCUGAUCUUGAUGCUCUUGGUUCUCUGGGUGAUCAUGGAUGGUAUUGUAUUAGAGCAAUCCUGUUGGCUGCCAACUAUGAAUUGCCUAAAACAGUGGUUGCUUCAUAUGAACCUGUGCUCAACAAAGAUGGGGUGAUAUUAGACUGCGGAGCUUCUCUAUACUGGGAAGAUGGGAAAGUAGCAACCUUCCACUGCUCUUUCUUGGCAAACUUAACAAUGGACAUAACAGCUAUUGGGACAAGAGGAACUCUACAUGUGCAUGACUUUAUCAUCCCUUAUCAUGAGAAGGAAGCAUCAUUUCUUGCUGGUACACAAACCAGCUUUGAUGAUCUUGUCACAGGGUGGGCGAAACAGCCAAGCAAGCAUACAAUAAAGACUGAUCUCCCUCAGGAGGCACUUUUGGUCAGAGAAUUUGCCCGCUUGGUGGCAGAUAUCAAAUUCAAAAACUCUAAGCCUGACAAGAAGUGGCCAAUAAUUAGUAGGAAAACCCAACUGGUUUUGGAUGCUGUGAAGGCUUCCAUUCAGAAGGGUUUUGAGCCUGUUCAGAUUCAGGAGUAA